CCUGUAGGAUGUGAGUGAAUUGAGCCGCUGUUUUUGGCCCCGCCCGGAAGGAGUGACUUCAGACUGAAGCUCGAGCUCUUCAGCGUCCUUCACUUCACGCGCCACACAUCAGCGCACUUUCCCGCGAUAUACAUUUGGAAUAUAACGGCUUUCGGCGCGCGGUUCAGGAUGAAGGGUGGAGGUUUGGCAGGGAGGUGCAGUCCCUGCUAGAUUCAUCAUCAUCCUCCUCCUCAUCAUCAUCAUCCUGCUCCAUCUUUCCACCUGCAGCCCAACAUGGCCAAUCACCUGGAGCUGCUGACGGAGCUGCAGCAGUUGGAUAAGGUGCCCAGUCUGGAGCGUCUCCGAGCCGCUCAGAAACGCCGCACGCAGCAGCUCAAGCGAUGGGCCGUCUACGAGAAAGAAAUGCAGAACAAGAAGCGCAAGGCCGACAAACGCCGCGGCCACGGGAACCUGUUGGAAAACCGUAAAAGGGUUUCAUUUGCGGCGAGCGUCGCUUUAUUGGAGGCCUCUUCGAGGAACGAUCCAAGUGAAGUGCGAUAUCUACUGAAGAACAACGUGAGUCCUGAUCUGUGUAAUGAAGACGGUCUGACGGCCCUGCACCAGUGUUGCAUUGAUAACUAUGAGGAUAUGGUGCGGAUCCUGUUGGCUCACGGAGCGACGGUCAACGCUCAGGACAAUGAGCUCUGGACGCCGCUUCAUGCUGCAGCGACCUGCGGACACACGGGCCUCGUCAAGAUCCUCAUCCAGCACGGCGCUGACCUCUUAGCAGUGAACUCAGACGGUAACAUGCCCUAUGACCUCUGUGAGGACGACCCCACGCUCGACAUCAUCGAGACCGCCAUGGCCAACCGAGGCAUCACACAGGAGAUGAUCAAUGAGACAAGAGCAGCGGUGGAGAGGAGGAUGCUGGGAGAUAUCCAGAAACUCCUGCAGGAUGGAGCCGACGUCAACCACCACGACUCCCAGGGAGCCACGCUGCUGCACGUUGCCGCGGCGAACGGUUACGCCCAGGCCGCAGAGAUGCUGUUAGAGGGCGGAGCCAGAACUGACAUGAGGGAUUCUGACGGCUGGACGCCAUUACACGCCGCUGCAUGCUGGGGACAGGUCCAUGUGGCAGAGCUGCUGGUUUCUCAUGGUGCCAAUCUAAACGCCAAGACGUACAUGGAGGAGACGCCCAUAGAUCUGUGUGAGGAUGAGGAGUUCAGGAAUCAUCUGCUGGAGUUGAAGCACAAGCAUGACAUUAUCAUGAAGUCACAGCUGAAGCACAAGACGUCACUGUGCCGCCGAACCAGCAGCGCCGGCAGCCGCGGGAAAGUGGUGCGGAGGGCGAGUCUGUCCGACAGACACAAUCUCUGCAGGAAGGAGUAUCAGACCGAAGCCAUCGUAUGGAGAGGAGGAAGAGAGGAAGAGGAGCGGGAGCGAGAGUCGGAUCAGGAAAACAGCCAUUCGACGCAGCCUGAUGACGGCCCUCAAGGGAUCCUGAAGGAUGGCGGACGACAGAACGGCUGCAUCUCCACUCCAGCGGCGCCCGCUUCUAACGGUGACCCCGUGACCCCUGACCCUCACGACCCCGAGCAGGAGGAGUCCAAGCCUAAAGAGCGUGCGCAGACGCUGUCCGAACUCAAAAAGCAGCGCGCCGCCGCCAAACUCCUCCCUCAUCCCGUCCUCAACGGUCACAUGGGCAACGGCUCCACCAAAGCCAGUCCCGAGGACCCGCGCAUGCCGCUGGUGUCGUCCAAUGGCAGCGCGGUUUACUUCACACCGGCCAGCGGAGACCCGCCCCUGCUGAGAUUCAAGCAGCCAAUCGAAGACGAGGAUCCUAAGAGUCACGGCUGCUGCUGCGUCUCGUAGAUCCGUCCGAUUGACUGAUGGAGGCCCGAUUAAAGCGGUAGCAGUGCAAUUCAUUCCCAGACUUUUGCUCUGCAGGUUUUCCGAUUUCGUUCUCAUUCAGGAAGUUAGACACGGAGGUGAACGUGAUCCUGAUGCUCCCUAUGAAGCGGCGGGAGGGUUUAUGGGACGUUAUUUAUUCCGUAUGAUCAUGUUUUCACUUCAUUCGGUGUCUGUCCAGCUCAAUUAUGGAUGCCAAAGUCUUCCGGAAGAUGGACGGCAGAAACGGCCAAUGAGGUUCCAGCGCCCCUCCCACUCCAUUCAGAGGUGAAUUCAAAGAGCGAAUGAUCCCAAGCGUCUGAUUGGCCGAUGGAGGCCAAAUCAAAGCGGUAGCAGCAGUGCAAUUCAUCCCCAGACUUUCGUUCCGAUUUCAUUCUCAUUUCUGAAGACACGGAGUGUCCGAUGAACCCUCUCUGAACCCUGCACAGGAAUGGAAACCUCUGAAACGAGGAAGGAAAUAAUCUCAUUCAGGCUUCCCAGGUUAGAUUUGUGAAUUGUGCUUCUCUUUUUCACUUCCAGCCUCCGUUUGGAGCAACAAUGAGCAUUUAUUCCACCUGCUUUCACAUUCAUGCUGUUGUACAGACGAAUAAACCUUCCCAGUGUCCCUGUGAGCGGCAGCGGCCCACCGCUCUCGUGUACAGUAUUUAUUUGUAUAUGUGCAUAGAGCCACAGUUCUAUAAGAUUAUUUAUUGUAUUACAGAGAGAUGAAGUGACUUACGGAGCACAAAUGAGUUGAGACGCGUCCGUCACGCCUGUAUUUAGUAUUUUUGUAUGACAGUAUUAUGAAGUAUUUGAAUGCGUCUCACGUCCAACUCACAUUUCACACUAUAAAAUCAAAAGAACAGCCUGUUAUAUAUAUUUUUUGUUUGCAUUUCAACAUUAUUUGAAUGACUUUUUAACCCCAAAUGCAAUUCCAAUUCAAAUAAUAUCAAACUAGAUGAGAUUUUGUGGGUCAAACGCUUAAAAUGGUGCAACAAAUUUUCUUUCUUUUGAUGUGAAAUAUGACACAGACGUGUUUGUGAGCAUUAGAUGAAGAAAAGUGCCCUUCAUAUCCUGCACAUGAUGCUCACUAUGAAGGGAGCAAUGGGAGGGUUAUUAUUUAUUUCGUAUGUUGGGUGCCAAAGUCUUCCGGAAGAUGGACGGCGGAAAUGACCGAUGAGGUUCCAGCGCCACUCUUGUAGCCCCUCCCACUCCUCAACACUCGCCCCAUUCAUGCGUCAGAGGAGGGCAAGAAUGUAAAUAAUCCUUGGAAUCUGUUUCCUUUAGGCGAUGGAAAUGAUGUUAAAGAGAAACGGGGCCAAAAUCACUGACGCUUCUGCGGUUUAUAAAGGGCCACAAAAGUAUUGUGUGAUUCUGAAACUAGAGUUCUGCUUCCAUGUCUACUGUCUGAACACGAUAAAGGGAAAAGAGCAUCACAACUACUGAUUUUAUAAUUACUGGAAUACACUGAUCACUGUAUUAACAUAUUUGCAAUAAAUUGUAUAUUUUGUUCAGUUUCUAAAA